AUGGCAAUCACGCAGUUAAUCGAGCCGCAGCCGCUGCAGACUAGUCGAGUGGCGCUAAACGACGUUAAGAAGAGCCUUCUAGUGGCGCUCGGGAAGCUCAACGAUCGCGACACGCAGCAGAACGCCGUGGGGGAUCUGCAGAACAUCGUCGAGUGCUUACCGCCGGAAGGCAUUCCUGUCUUCCUCUCCUGCCUCUACGAGACUGACAGCACCCAUCGCACCUUCGUCCGGAAAGAAUGCCUCAGGCAAUUCGCCAUCCUUGCGGUGACCUUCGGCCCGCUUCUGUCGCCGCAUCUCCCCAAGAUCGUCGCAGCCGUCGUCCGUCGCCUGCGCGACCCCGAGUCCACCUUAAUCGAAUCUUGUGCAGAAGCCAUGGCGACACUCGUUCAGCACGUACCCCCCCCUCCCCACGAUACCGUUCCCGGAGCUAUUCCCCUCGGCGGCUUCGGAGCCAUGGGUGUUUACGUUCGGCCGCUGCUCGACACGCUCGGCGAGCAGAGCCGAAACUCGCAGGCAGGCGCGGCGAUCUGUCUCGACCGCGUUUUCCGGGCUGCCCGGGAGAAAAUGGAGCCGAGCGCGGCUCGCGUGCUGAUGCGAGCGAACGGGAUGCUCUCGCGGCAGGGGUUUCAAGCGAAGGCGCAGCUUCUGGGCGCCGUUGCGAGCCUUGCUGAGGUGUGCGGGGAGUCCAUGGGCGCGCAGGUACCCGUGCUGGCGUCCGCCGCGACCGCCGCCGUGGCGUCCGCGGACUGGGCCACGCGCAAGGCGGCGGUGGACCUGCUGGGGCAGCUCGCCAUUAACCUGCCGGCGGAGUUUCUGGGGGAGAGCCGUGCGGCGGUCAUGAAGGCACUGGAUCAGUGCAAAGGCGAUAAGGUGAAGAAUGUACGCGAUUCCCUGGCGCAGGCGAAGCAGGCGUGGGCGUGUGUGGAGUGGGAGGACCCGCCAGCAGCAGAGCAGCACCAAGUGCUGUCUGUGCCGUCUCUCUCGUCGGAAUCAGCAGCCACUGCAGUGCAAGCUCCGUCGCUGUCCUCUGCUGCUGCUGUCGGCAGCGCCUCAGGAAGGCGCGCCAGUUUCUCGCCUGCUGCGGCAGAUAAAGAAAGAAGCAUCGGCGGCCACUCUCUCAAGCUUCAAGGCCGCUCGUCCUCGCUUGUAACGGACCCGUUUCAAGACACUCGGGAGACAGCAGAGGCAGAAAAAACAGCAGUUGCUAUCAGCAGCAUCAGCAGCACCAGCAGCAUCAAACUAUCUCAGGCAAAACCCGCGGAAGCUUCUAAACGAGAAGCUUCUAACGCGGAUAAUGGAGCUGGAGCGAAGGCUGUUCGGCCUAAGUUUGAGCGGCAACCUUUGCGAGGGAACCCUCUGUUCUUCAAGAAGGCGGGCGCAGGGGGGAAGGCUGGGGGAGGUGACGACUGGUCCGUGGAAGUGAUGGUUCCUAAAUCGAAGGCCGGAGUAGUGGGGGAGAAGGGUGACAGUAACCCUGGUGAAGCCAGUGGCGGGAAGAAGGGGGAUGGAAAGGGGGAGGGCCGGCAGGGGGCAGCAGCAGGGGCAGGGGCAGGGGCAGGGGCAGGGGCAAAAGAGAGUCGAGCGCAAGCGGAUGGUGUGAAGGCUCGUAGGCAUUCGACUUCGGGGAUUGCUGCCCUCAAGGCUGCGGCCGCUGCUGGUGGGAGAGGCAAGGAGGGCGCAGGGGGCGGGAAAGGAGGAGGAGGAUCAGGGAGCGAUUGGAAUGUGGAGAUCUUAGUGCCUAAGACGCGUGGCGGAUGGGGCAAGGGCGGUUGCGAGCCAGAGGAGAAGCGGGAGGUGGUUAGCAAGGCUGAUGAGGAGAAGAGUUUGGAGAUGAGUUUGGAGAUAAAGGGGACGGACUGUUUGGGCAAGGCUGAUCUGCAGCAGGAAGAGGGAGGAGGCGGGAUGGGGGGGAUGGGAAGCAACGCAGGGGGGAUAGGCAGUGGGUCUGGUGCUGGUGGUUUCGUGCAGGCACAGCCGUUUAUGGGUGCGUUUGGUGGGGUAGGAGCAGGGAUGAUGGGGGCAGAAGCAGCUUAUAUGGAGGAUGAGUACGCUGCUGCUGCUGCUGCUGCUGUGGCCGAAGCAGCAGCGGCGGCAAUAGCAGCUGAGGCGGCAGGUGUGGCUUCAAUGCAAACCAAAACUCCUCCCCACUCCUCUACUGUCUCGUCCCCUCGCCUCCCUCUCGUCACAAGCAACAAGAUAGAUCGGCAGCAGCAGGAGCAGGAGCAGGAGCAGCAGCAGUUGUUGCUGCAGUGGCGGCAAGAUCAAACCGAGCAGAUGAACCUCCCCCAGAUGAACCUCCCCCAGGCUCAGCCCGAGCAGCAGCAGCAGCAACUCAGAGCAGAGGCGUUGCCAACAGCAGGAGCAGCAGAGGGAGGAGGAGGGAGAGGAGGCGGGGGAGGAGGAGAAUCUGAAGGUGCAGAAGCAGCAGCAGCAGAGAAGCCUCUAGGGCCGCUGAAGCGCCAGGUGGCACCAGCCAAUUGGUCGUGGGCUGUGGCUUUAGACGAGCUCAAGGCUGGGGGGUUCGAGGGUGCUUAUAAAGAGGUGCUGAAGGCUGCAGAUGCGGGUGCUAUGGUGCGGCUGAUGGGGAGAACGGGGCCUGUGCUGGGGCAUCUGUCACCUGAUACUGGGGCGGAGGUUAUACGGCGUAUGGUGGAGCUGCUCAUAAGGGGGACGUCGGUGGAAUACCUGCUGCCGUGGGUUCGACAGUUACUGGACAUUGUGACGGACGAGUCCUCUCUCCCCUAUGGGGCAGAGGGCCCGGCAGUGGAUGGGCAUCUGAAGCAGCAUGUGCUGGCAGCGCUGCAGCAGGUGGUGAGCGGCGAUGGGGGCAGCUGGGUGGGGCGAUCAGCAGGGGAUUACCGGCGCCAGCUGGCAGAUGCGUGGGGCAUGUGA